AUGCCUCAGGAACGCAAACAGCGUGGGCGACGCGCAGAAAGGAAGAGAAAACGGGUUGAUGAUGAACGAGAUGUUGAGCCUCAGGGUCUGAUGGUAUCAGAAAUUGAUUCAGUUCCUGGUGCGGGCGAAGGGUUUGCCGCUGCGCAGCCGCAAUUGACUUCUUCUGGACUAGGAGAUCUUACUUUCUACGGUCUUCUGACUGAGCAAGAGCAAGAAUAUUUCAAGCAAGCGGACUCGUUGCUUGAGAAUGACCGAUUCGCCACCCGCGAAGAGAGAGACCUUUUCCUAGAGAGUGUCUGGAAAGAGGCACAUAACAAGGAACUAAAGCUAGCUAACAGCCAGUCAUGUUCGAGGCUUCUCGAGAGGCUCAUUCUGUUAUCAACGCCCGAUCAGCUGACAUCUAUGUUUGAAAAUUUCAAGAGCCACUUUCUCAAUCUCGUACGACAUCGCUUUGCGUCUCAUUGUUGUGAGGCACUGUUCCUACGUUCAGCUAGUUUCGUAGAUGAAAACGCCAGUACUCAGAGUGAAAAUCAUCCCACGGCUGAUCUGGAGACGGGCUUUCUCUCAGUCGUCGCGGAGUUACAGCCACAUCUGGGAUACCUGUUGACUGACGCUUUUGCUUCGCAUGUUCUUCGUGUGCUUCUGAUAAUUCUUGCUGGUCUGCCUACUGAGGGCCCUCAGAGAGCGACUAUGCUACAAAGUAAGAGAAAAGAGAACAUUUCUAUCCAUAAAAUAGCAGUGAUGGCCGACGAGGGCGAUCCUUCACGUACUGUACCUCCCUCUUUCGGUACAGCUUUGAGUAGAAUCUUUGAUUGUAUUCUAGCUGGUCUAGAUGCCAGUAGCAUAAGAGCUCUUGCAACACAUCCAGUUGCAAACCCAGUACUACAGAUCUUAUUAGAGCUCGAACUAACGCUGUCCGAAAAGCAGAGUGCCAAGCAGCCAGAGUCUCUUCUGCGGAGGAUGCUCCCAGAUGAAAAGCUGGAAGAGGGGACUGAAAGUGUCGCUUUUGUCAAGCACCUUUUGUAUGAUCCUGUAGGAUCUCGUUUGUUGGAAACCAUUGUAUCUCACGCUCCAGGAAAGAUGGUCAAGGCACUAUACAAGCACAACUUCAAGAUGAACAUAGAAACUUUGGUCCGAAACGAAGUUGCUAGCUUCGUCACAAUGAAGGUUAUAGAGCGUCUAAGUAAAGAGGAACUGAAGACUGCAGUGGAAAGAAUAUGUUCAAGCCUUGAGGUUCUCAUUGAACGAUCUCGGACUGCCGUUAUCAAAAUGCUGAUUGAGCAAAGCCGAAAGAUAGGACUAGAUACCCAGCCUGUUGCUGAUGCUUUUCAAAGUUCAUUUGGCGCAAAUGUCAAUGAGCAGAUCAGAAGUAUGAUAUUAGGAGAUCCAUUGGCAAGUAAGCAACCAUCAUCGCAGAAUAAAAAUGAGCGAGGUGAUGGAGCCCUCAGCAAAGUACACGGCUCUCUUCUUAUGCAAACAAUGCUCGAAGCACCAGAUAAUUUGAGAGAGCUCGUCAAUGCAGCGCUAAUGUCUGCUACUAAUUCAGAAUUGUUAGAUGUCGCUAAGGACAGAGGGGCCUCUAGAGUCUUGCAGGCCGCACUGACGUGCUCAGAACAGAGCCUAGCAGUAAGACGUCAACUGAGUCAAGCCCUGCUCGAUUCAAUCGUGCAGCUUUCUACCCACCCUGUUGCUUCUCAUGUUGUCGACGCCAUGUGGACAGGCUCCUCGGGCUUGAAUUUCCUGAGAGAGAGGGCCGCAAACGAGAUCGCCUUAAAUGAGUCCGUCAUACGGCAGACGAUUCCAGGUAAAGCCAUAUGGAGGAAUUGGAAGAUGGACGUGUACAAACGUCGACGAAAAGAGUGGCUUGAAGACGGCAAGGGUUCCUCAAGCUCUGGAAAGACUGGUAUUGAGCUUGCGAGAGAGCGUCAUAUUCAAAGAACCGGAGCUCAAGAGUCUCAUUACCACAAAAAAAUAAAAGGAGCCAGCGCUUGA